AUGAUUGGGGAGGAGCCUAGACCGAGUGACCCCACGCUGCAGGAAGAUUGGGACGAGCGCUCCUCGGCUGGCUACUAUUUGAUGUCGCAGAGUUUGGAGCUGAACCAGCGUCACCACGUCAUGCACCUGCUGCCGGAGGUUGAAUGCGGUCCGAAGGCGUGGACCGUGUUGAAGGAGCUGCACGCCCCGACCUCCGUUGUCGCAACGUUGAUGCUGGAGAGGGAGCUAUCCGCGUUGCCCGUGAGCGAGGGAGAGCCGGUGCAACCAGUCCUGGACAAGAUGCGCGACCUCUACGCGAAGUUGGCGACCGCGGGAAUCACCUACCCGGAGCAGACCAAGUGCUUGAAGAUGCUCUCGCUGCUGCCAGAAUCGUGGCUUCAAUUUACGAGCGGAUUGAGCCUGCCGCAGAACCAGAGCUUGUGGACGCUCGAGUGGGUGCGGACGAAGAUUCUGGAGGAGGACUUCCGUCGCCGCCAACUGAGGGGUGGAGACGACGGCAGCAGCGGCUACGGGAUGCAAGGGAGCCGACGUGGCAGAGGACGUGGCUUCGGUGGUGCUGGACGCGGUGCAAAGAAAGACGACGACUCCAACGACCAACAAGGAGGUACCGGUUGGGGUCGCGGUGCGAAAUCUGGACGUGGGGGCAAGUCGGGUGCUGGUGGCAAAAUGAAAGGGAGUUGCUGGUAUUGUGAGAAGGAAGGGCACCCCUGGUUUUUGUGCUAUAAGAAACCCGAUGGAUGGACCCCCCAGAAUCGUCACCAGGAUGGCGGCGCGCGGAGGAACCAGAAAAACGGCGCCAACAUGGUCGCUGAUUCGUCCGACAACAACCCGAAGGGCAACGGCGGUGCGGAGAAGAAGAAGGAGCGCACCGCGGGCCAAUUCUUCCAUGUGGGAGACAAGGGGGAGCAAGGAGACGCCUCUGCCAAAGUUGGAGCAGAGCUGCACCCCCUAGACUAUUGGGUGUUGGACACAGGCGCUGCUUGGACGAUGACGCCGCGCAAGGACCUGCUGGACGAAGUACGAGCUGCACCGAUCAAUGAAGUGUGCUCCGCCUCUGGACACAUGUUGAAGGUGGCUGGUGCGGGACGAGCUGCGUUUAAGGGAGCGGAUGGCAAGCCGGUGGUGCUGCACGACGUUCUCUUCGUCCCCGACCUGAAGGCCAACCUUAUCUCCCUCCGUAAGCUUGGCAAGGCUGGGGUGAACACCAACACGGAUGGGGCACGCACUUAUAAGGGGAAGCUGGGCAAUCGGGUGCUUUGGGAUCUGCACGAGAGCAAGGACGUGUACAGAUCUAUGUGGCAGCUGCCGGCCCUGGCGUGGCAUGGUGGGGGGCAAGCUAGAGAGGGGUCUGCAUCCCAGGGGGAGUGCAAUGCCGUUGGAGGGGUUGGUGUGAAAGUGUCGGCCAGAUCUGGGGAGACAGAUUGGGCAACGGCACACCGGCGCUUAGGGCAUGUGGCAAUGCCUUUGCUGAAGCAGCUGGAGAAGGAUGGAGCCGUUAAGGGUCUGAAGCUGAACGGACAGCCACCCGAUGACAACUGUGAAAUCUGUUUGCUUUCAAAGUUCACCCGUUUCCCUUUCCAUAGUGUGGCUGGCAGGAGCAAGAAGCCUUUGGAGCUGGUCCACAUGGACUUGGUGGGGCCGCUGCCGGUGCAAGGGCACAAGGGGGAGCGGUAUUUUCUUACAAUUGUGGAUGACUGGAGCAGGCUGAUGUGGGCGUAUCCGCUGAAGCAGAAGGACCACGCCGCCUCCACGAUACGGGACGAUUGGCUGCCAUUCGUGGAGAAGCAGGCGGAGUGUGUAGUGAAGCGGAUUAGGACAGACCGGGGUGGUGAGUUCCUUGGAGCUGAAAUGACGGCCUGGCUCAAGAAGCAGGGCAUCCAGAGAGAGCUGACCACGGCUUAUACCCCACAGUCCAAUGAGGUGGUUGGGAGGAAGCCGCCGGUGGACAUGCUGAGGGUGUUCGGUUGCAUGGCAGUCGCCCACGUCCCCAAGACCUACCGCAGUAAGUUGGGGGCGAGUGCAAUCUGGUGUGUGCAUUUGGGGCUGGCUGCUGAGAGCAAGGGAUGGCUGCUGUGGGAACCAUCCAAGGGUGUGUUGUUUGACAGCAGGGAUGUGAAAUUCAUUGAGGGCAUGAUGUAUGGGAGCUGGGAGAAACAGCCGGAGGCAAGGGUGUCCCAGCAGAUGGAGCAGAUCACCAUGCAGCUGGACCUGACUCCUAGUGUGUGGGAGGAGGGAGAGGAGGCAGCUGCUGGAAAUGCACUAGUGGAGCUGCUGGACCCGAGGGAGGAGGAAGCAGCAGCAGGAAAAACUAAGAAGCCGAAGGGUGUCGUUAUGAAGGGAUGGGAGACACCCGUCUCCAGGCCAGGACGUACCCGUAUGGCUACUAAGAAGCUGAUUGCAGGAACUGAUGCAGCAGAGCAGCAGCUAGGGACCGAAGAGGCAUUGCUGAUUCUACCUCAUGGCUAUGACCCGGAUGAGGAGGAUGAGCCUGCGUACUGUUUUCUUGCCCCUGCACCAGAGGAACCAGCUAGCAUGGAAGAGGCAUUAGCUGGACCAGAUAGGGACAAGUGGCUGGCUUCUAGGGAUGCUGAGUACCAGAGUCUGCUGGAGAAUAGGACAUGGGAUCUGGUGGUGCUGCCUGAUGGAAAGAAAGCGAUACAAUGCAAGUGGGUGCUGAGGAUCAAGACCGAUGACAAGGGGCAGGUCACCAUCUACAAGAGUAGGCUGGUGGCGAAGGGGUUUAUGCAGAAGGAGAAGCAGGACUUCAACGAAAUCUUUGCUCCCACUGCCAAACCCCCUACCCUCCGUGUCUUGUUGGCAGAUGCAGCUGUUAGUGGGAAAUUCAUCAUUCAGAUGGAUAUUUCAACGGCAUUCCUGAAUGGGAUUUUAGAGGAGGAUGUGUACAUGACGCAGCCGCCUGGGUAUGAGGAUGGUACGGGCAGGGUGUGCAAGCUCAACAAGUCCAUCUACGGCUUGAAGCAGGCGCCACGCUGCUGGUACCAGAAGUUGGCAGCUGUUUUAGAGGAGAUGGGAUUCAGGACCAGCAGCUGUGAUGAGAGCCUCUUUCUCAAGGGCGAGGGGGAGAAGCUGGUGCUGUUUCUGGUCUAUGUGGACGACAUUCUUCACCAGGAGAAGCUGCACCAGGAGAAGUGA